GCCAUACCAGUAAGGGUAAAGUUAGAAGUAGUCAUGUGUUUUCUAAGCUCAGGAAUAUCAUACAGGCUGUUAGCAAUAUUUUUCAGGAUUUAAAAAUCCUCCAUAUCAAAAUUUAUUCCAGAAGUUUGUGACGUUAUGUAUGAAGCUUUGGACGAAUAUUUGCAGGUACGAGACAAAAAGGAAUGGGAAGACAUACAAGUAGGAUUUCACCACAGGUGGAAUUUUCCAGGAUGUUGUGGCUCAUAUGGGCGAAAUUCCGACGGUGGUGUCUUCCAGGCUUCCUCAUUGUAUCCAGUGUUGGAAAAUGGGUCAUUACUGCCAGAAGGUGGAUUCCUAGUGGGAGAUGAUGCUUUCCCUCUUAAGACCGCCUUAUUGAAACGAUAUCCCAAUGAGCCCACGAUUGCCGAAAAAAUUUACAAUUACAGAUUCACUAGGGCAAGACGCAUAGUAGAAAAUGCAUUUGGUUUUUUAGUAUCUCGAUUCCGUAUUUUGGCAAAACCUAUCCAGUUGCAAGAGGAAACCGCAAUAAAAAUGAUUCGAACUACAUGUGUACUGCACAACUGGUUGCGCAAAUCUUCACUUCAUACCUACACACCACCUGGUAGCAUAGAUUAUGAAGAUAUUGUAAAUUUCACUACGAACCUAGGAACGUGGAGAUCAGAAAUAAAUGCGUUACCAAGUAUCGCCCGUUCGCGGAUCAAUAACAGAUCAAAGAUCGCAGCUGAAAAAUUGAGAGAAAAAUACAAUUUUUUUUGUGAUGAGGGUGCUGUCACCUGGCAAAAUUAUAUGAUUAAUAAUAAUUAA